CUCUACUUCUCAUUCUCAAGGUUUCACAAUGACCAACACCAACACCCCUUCCACCGCUCCUUCCAAGCCCAUUCCCACCAAGCAAGCUGAGCAGACCACGGCCCAUACUCCUCCAAUGACGCCCAAGAAGUUUCCGCCUACAGUCCACACUGCCGCCCCACCUCCUUCUCAAACUAAGACGAAUGUACCGUUCGCCCAGACGCGUGCUAGCGUCGAACGCGUCAAGAUCGGCAGAGGGUACCUGGACAUUAGCUUUGUCUCUGUCCCAGUGACUCGCAUGGUCAACGGUGUGGAGAGAACGGUGACAGAGAUUCAGAUGGUGACAGCUGGUGGUAGUGCGGCAAAGAAGUCCGCUCCGACUCAUGGUCCUACUACCGCCGCUACUCCAACCAAGCCUGCCGCCACUACUGCAAACAAACCUACCACCGCUGCGGCCGAAGUCAAGCCUGUCGCUACCGAGACCGAGUCUGACAUUCUCGCUACUGCUCCUAAACUCAACGCCGGUUCGCUCCCAGACAUCACCGUCGAGCAGCGCGACAACUCUCCCAUCAAGGCUGCUGACAACAUCGAAAUGGUUAACACUAGUAAGCCGGCCAUCAACGUCGACAUGCCAGGCAACAACAAGCAAGUCGGCAACGUUAACUUCGACAACGACAACUUCAACAAGGAAACUGCCCCCCACCUCGGCAGCCGCGACGCGCACUCCCUUGGGUUGGUCGACGUGAACAUGGAGAUGAAGGUUGACGGUAUAGACUAGACCGCAGGACCUUGCACGACUUCGCACGACUCUGCACGGAGGACGACGAUGAAGUCUAGUUGAACAACACGUGAUGGAGACUUACCAAGUACAUGGAUACUCUAG